GUAACCUUCAAAUAACGGUUGUGACAUUUGUUGAAAAGUCCUAGUGGGGAUAUAAAUAGCUAUAUAUGUCCCUUGAAGAACCACAUACUCAGACAUACAGUAUAUUUAUCUGAAAAUGCCUUCCCAAAUCGCUCAUAAGCACCACGACGAAAUCGACGACAAAGGAUUCACUCUUUUGAAAGGAUUCUUAACUCCAGAAGAAGUCGAAACCUACAAGGAAAGUGCCAGAAAAGUUGUUGAAUUGGCACGCAAAGGUGACUGGAGUGAAGUCAGAACCAGAGGUAAGCAGUUCCCACCUUGGCCCAAAAACUUCAGCCCCGAUAUAUGGGGAAUUAGUGGGUUAUUGAACCCUAAAUUAGGGGAUUUGUCACUUCCCUUUCAAGAAUGCUAUUCAAGCAGUAAGAUGUUGGACGUGGUAUGUGACAUCUUGCAGACCAACCAGGAAAGCUUGUCGAUGGAAUUGUUCAACAUGUUGAUCAACCCUUUAACUGAUUUCGGUUUGGACUGGCACCGAGACCAUAUCAAGCCUGAAGCCACUGAGGAAGAAGAAAGAGAAGAAUUGCAGGCCAAUCCUUUUGCAGGAGCCCAGUUCAACUUGGCCUUGACUGAUGACGAGUGUUUAAUUGUUGUUCCUGGGUCUCAUAAACGGGUAAGAACCAGUGAAGAGAGAGAAAAGACCAUCCCCAAAGACCGUCAACAACAUAUUUCGGGCCAAAUCACAGUCAAGUUGAGUCCCGGAGACAUGGUUUUCUACAAUAGUAACAUCUUGCACAGAGCUCAAUAUUCUGCUGCUAGCGAACGGUUGACUUUACAUGGAUCUUACGGUCAUAAAGAUUUUGGAAAGUUCAGAGCCAAAGGGGUGUUGCAACACGGGGUUGCUCUGUGGAUCCAUGAGUUCAAGCCCAUCAAUUCUAACUUGGAAAUGUUGUGGAAAAAGCUUGUGGCAUUGUCCGAAGAGUUCAAAGCAGAAGAAUUGGGCUAUUCUUUAGAAGGCUAAUAAGUGUAUAUGAAUGUAUGAGCAUUAAAUUUCGCAAUCGC